GAGGCGGGCCCGCAGAGCGGAUGGGCACGCGAGGGCAGCGUCUCCCUUCACUUGUUGCCUGAGGCGUCGAGCGAGCCUCAAAAGAUGCCCCGAGAUGCUUUCCCCGUAGAGGCUGCGUGGAGUGGGCGAGGGCCUGCUGGCGAAGGUCAAAGUGCAAUGGAUGUGAGAGGAGAUUCCAUGAGGAUGGCUGUGCACCUGCUUGCCAACACUGGACAUGCAAUACACUUGCAACAAGCUCUUGAUGAACUUCAAGAAUGGAUCUCCCUGGACAUUCGCCUCUUUCUUGUCUCAGAACGCCCUUCUCCAAUUAAGUAUUAUGAGACAUACCACCAAAAGAGUUCCAGGUUUCCUAGUACUUCUGUUCUCCUUUUUUUGCAUGAGGACUUUGGAGAAGAACGUUUUUUCCAGGUUCAUGACUUCUUCCAACAUCCACCUUGGCAGCCUGUUCACAUCGAGUGUCCCAGCAGGAAGCUAUCCUACCAUGCCCACCUUGAUCAUCAGGACUUCUAUGGACUGGAUGAACAUAUGCCAGUAUGGGGCUUGAGACAAGUUCACUACGGCAUGGAAAUUCUGCGUGUCACUCUCUACUGUAGCUUUGAUAAUUAUGAGGAUGCAGUAAGGCUUUACGAAACAAUCCUGCAGAAAGAAGCAUCUGUCCAGAAAAGCGGCUUCUGUGCUUUUCUACUGUACACAACACAGAGCCUUGUGGUUCAGCUCUGCUUGAAGCAGCUGCCUUUGGGGAUGAGUGUUGACCUGAAGGAAUCUUCAGUAUUACAGUUCAAAGUGUAUGAAAUUGGAGAACUGGUUCCACUUUUGCCCAAUCCCUGUGUCCCAAUAAGCAAUACUAGGUGGCAAACAGAAGACUAUGAAGGAAAUAAGAUCCUGCUGCAGGUUCAGAGCAGAGUCUCAAAGCACAAAGGAAUUCAAUCUCUACCCCCUAAUUGGAGUGACAGCACUGAUAAGAAAGGAUCUCCCCAUUACUACUGUGAUUUAUGCUCCAGUGUACCUUCCGUGACUUCCAGAACUACUGUUCAGCAGAAAAACCGGACACUACGAGCCAUGAAAAAUAAAAACAAAUCUUCAAGGAGGAUGGUUCAAAAUCCUGCAAGUCUUUUUAGCCCUUCACAAAGCAGCUUUAAUUCUUCCUCUAGUUUGUAUAAUAUAGCGCAUUCUUCUUUGCAAGAUCUAGGCCCUUCCCCAAUGAACCUGGGCACUAAAUUGAGACAUUCCAGCCAUGAACUCUGGCUAUUCCAGAACAAAGCAGAGGAGGAGGAAGAGACUAAUGUUGACACAGGCAAGAGAGUAUCACCUUUUAAAUGUGCUAACUCUACUCUAGACAGAUUUUCUAAGGACUUACAAAAAGAACUUCUUCAGUCCCAGGCACCAAGUUCAUUUAUGGGAGCAGGUUUGGGUUCUGAGGACAGGAACUCUCUAUUGUCUUCCCAUGUUGCUGAAAUUAAUAAAAGAUCAGGAUUUAGUCAUUUUCAGCUGAGCACUUCAGGAGCAAGUGAUGGGAAUGAGAAAGAUGAGGAAGAGUUUUUUAUAUGAUUUGAAACUUCCGUGUAUCUUUCACUGCUGUAUUUUUGGAAUAUCAGAAAGUCCAAUUGAUUUAUACUUCUGUAUAAAUAAUCUAGCAAUCUAUUGCUAUGCUAUCUUUUUAUAUUAGCACUACAAAGAAAGGUUUAUAAAAGAACUUGGGGGAAAAGUAGAUGAAGUAUCAGGAUUCUAGCAGUUACCACAAUUAAAUCAUGAGUCUCGAGCCAAUAUAAAUUUUAUGUACUGGAGAACAUUGUGCAACAGAUUGGAAAAAGCCAUUCAUUUUAAUGCACCACAUUAACUGACAAAAAUUCACUAAAAAUCUAGGAGAAAACCCCAAACCUAGGAAGCCUAAAAUAAAUUUGGGAGGCAUCAAAUUGGGAUGAUAAGAAUAGUGCUUUAGUUAAUCUUGACUCAUCUGAGAAGCUCCUCAUAAUCUGACCUCAUUAGUUCUUGGGUAGGACUUCCAGGAAAUAUCCUAAAAGUAAGUAAUGGAAAAAAUAUUGCCACCAAGAAAUUACUUGGAGACAUUCAUAAAAUCCUGAAGGUUCAAGCUUAAUUUUUCCCAUACCAUAGAAAUUAAUUUAAAGAUAUCAAAAACAAAAUAGCCAUUUUUAUUUUGCCAUCAUUACUAUGCUAAGCCUGUCCUCACUUUCCCCAGGCUUCCUGUACUAUAUGUUGAUGUCAAAAAUAUGAAAGUGCAACUUUGGGUCUUUGGAACUGAUGUCUUUCCAUUGUUGAAAGUGCAAUUUAUAAAGCAGAGGGGCACACAUUCAUCUGGCUUCUGAAUGGCAGUCCAAAAGCUGCACUUUUUAGAAUGGACAAGGUUAGACAAUAUGUCUAAGGCCAGGAUAAAUGCUACCUUUCAUUAAGCCUAAUUUAUAAGUCAACUUAUUUAAGAUAAACUGGUUAUUCUGCUGUUCAUUUAUUUUCAUUAUGUUCAUAUUGAAACCUAGUAGCAAUUUUUCCAGAUUGUUGUGGAGAAUGUAUCAAAGCUCAUUCAGUUCUGGAGCUCAGUUUUUGCACCUUAAUGGAAAACGUAGUGCUGCUGUUGUGACUACUGUAUUAAUAUUACUUAAACUAUGAGCUACUUCUGUCUAGCUGAUGAUACUUAAUAAUGAGUUCUAGAGAACAGGAAAUGAACACUGAGCUUGUUAAGUAACAUGCUCCUUUUCUCAACUUAAAUAUAUAAUCAGAAGGCCGAGCUAUAUUCGGAAUGUUAUGUAACUAUAAGAACAAUAGCAAAUAUAGGUGUGACUCUGCACUUGCUUUAAAAGAUGUCAAUAAUGAAAGAUUGGCUUGUGAAUCUAUUUUUUAUUGCAGGAAUCUCAAUGCAUUUCUGGCUUACCUGCACUUCCUUGCUUCAUCU